UGUUUAGGAGUGAAAGAUCCUUUACGGAACCUGUUGGGACCAUUUUGCUUCUCCUUAUUUAAAGCCACAUCGUUUGUUUAGCCAAGACAGAAAAACCUUGAGCGACCUCUUUCUUUACUUUCAUCAAUGGCGAUAGUCCUAAAGAAUCUUAAGAAGACGGAUAUCGAGAAACGAUUGACGAUCCCAAGCAGGGCCCUCCCUUCUUUCCCUCCUCUAAGUGACAAGCACAUGGUGGAUUUUGCGGUUAGGGACGAGGAGAGUGGCCAUGUCUGGAAGUUUCGAAUUUACACUCGUAAGAACAUGAACAACAACAAGUACCUGAAGCCGGUUCUUACCAAAGGAUGGCGAGAGUUUGUUUGCAGCAAAAAGCUGAAGGUUGGUGAUAGAGUUGCGUUUUACAGUGCGGAAGAACAAGCUGGCGCUGUUGAGUAUCGUGUCAAAGUGCAAAGACCACUUAAAAUUUUUGGUGCUAUGGUAUUUCCUUCCGAGGAGUCUCUGUUUGUUAAUGUAGCAAAGAAGCUUGUCUAAUUCGUAUGGCUUCAACUGUUGUAGGAUUUCUUGUAAUUAUGAUAAAAUAUGCUUUGUAA